CCACAUCCCUUCUUUUACCCACCGAGCAGCAGAAAGGAUAGACGGUUCUUAUCUGCCUGUGCUUGGGCCUGUGCCCUGCAGAGGAGUGAUGGCCCGCAUCAUAGACCUAGUGCCCUGGGACGAAUGCUCCGCCCACAUGUAUGCUUCCCCAGCCGUUCUGCUCCCUCUGGAGCGAGUGCGUCGCCCACUGGCUGGUGUGAAGCACCAGCUCUACAACCCGGCCCUGCCUUCUCUUCGGCGCAUGGACAUGGACACUGUCAAGGGCUGCCUCUCCGAUGAACACUGUCAGUCUUCCACCUACUUCUCCAAAGAUGAUUUCAACAAUGCCCACUUCACACUCCUAGGGGUCCCUAACAAACCCCUGCAAUGCCUGGACUUCACAGCAACCGGCCAGAAGCUCUGUCACAAGUACCGUGGCGGAAAGAUGACUCCGAUCGCGCCAGGCAUCAACCGAGUCGACUGGCCCUGCUUCACGCGUGCUAUCGAAGAUUGGUCUCAAUUCGUGUCCAGGUCCCAAGAGUUCAAGCUGCCUUGCGCCAACAAAAGGGUGGAGGGUUUCAGUGGCUACGCGGUGCGGUACUUGAAGCCGGAGUUGACCCAGAACUGGCGGUACUGCCUCAAUCAGAACCCCAGCCUAGACCGCUACGGACAGAAGCCCCUGCCUUUCGACUCGCUGAACACGUUCCGGCGCUUUGGCUCCCACUACAGUCGCAUCAACUAUCUGACUCCCUGGCAUUAAUCUGUGGGGGGAAAAGGCUGAUCCUUCUAUGGCUGGACCGUGCCACCUCAGGACCCCUAGCCAGACAGAGGGAGUAUGGUGGCCCCACCCAUCUUCUCCCCAGCAAUUCAGUUCAAGAAAUAAACUUAAUGCUUCCUCA